AUGGGCUCGCACAUUCUCCCGGUGGCAAUUCUCUGCGUCUUCAUCUUCGGCGUGCUCUCUCUUUUCUGGGGAUCCCAGUAUAGCACUGAAGCCAACUACUCUGCGCUCAAGGUCUGGGUCGUUGACUUCGAUGGCCAAGCCGAUCCAUACCGCACGCCCGACCCGAUCGUCGGCCCGACCGUCACAAAUGUCGCCAACAAGCUGAUCAACUCGGGUUCCCUGCAUUUGGGCUAUACCGUCAAAUCGGCCGCGGACUUCGACUUCGAGCUGAGGGCCGUGCGCCAGGGUAUCUACGACGAACACGCAUAUGCAGCUGUGGUCGUCAACCCCAAUGCGACCACGCUCCUCCGUGAUGCGGUCUCCUCGAACGCCACCACGUACGAUCCUACAGGCGCCAUUCAAACGGUCAUCAUAUCUGCCCGCGAUGAAUCAACCUAUUUCAACUAUAUCCUUCCGGAUCUGACCAUCUUCCAAAACAUGGUACAGGCAGAGUUCGGUCCGAAAUGGAUUCAAGAGAUAUCAUCCAGGAACCUAUCGUCUGUGCCACCCCAGGCUAUAAACCCAGCUAUCGGGUUUACGCAAAUCGAUCUGCGACCUUUCGCACCGGCUGUCGCGGCGCCGGCUGUCACUAUCGGCCUGAUCUAUCUGAUCAUCAUUGCGUUCUUCAAUUUCCCAUUCCUUAUGCCGAUCCAUGCAUUGUUCAUGAAGCCGAAAGAUCACCCGCCAUUGAAGGUACCGCAUUGGUUGAUCUGGCGGAUAUUAUCCAGCAUAGUGGCAUACUUCUUUUUGUCUUUGUCGUACUCAUUGGUUUCCUUGGCAUUCCAGAUCCCAUUCAGCAACUCCCCAGCUGACGACACUAUGUCAGCGGACAAUCCCAAUGCGUACGGCCGUGGAUCUUUUGUUGUUUUCUGGAUGUUGAACUGGGUUGGUAUGGCAGCAUUGGGAUUCCCAUGCGAGAACAUGGCUAUGGUUCUAGGAUUCCCGUGGAGUUCCUUUUUCCUCAUCUUCUGGGUCAUCACGAAUGUGGCUACGGGGUUCUAUGCGAUUGAUCUCGCUCCUGCGUUUUACAAAUGGGGAUAUGCUUGGCCAUUACAUCGAAUCGUUGAUGCAUUGCGCACUAUCCUUUUCGGGACACAUUCCCGUAUCGGGUUGGAUUUUGGUAUUCUUUUUGCUUGGAUUGGGAUUUCACUGGCGUUUUAUCCUUUUGCAACGUACAUAAUGCAGUGGAAGAUGAAGCGGGGGAUCUGA